AUGGCGCACGCGUACCCCUUCGUGCCCGUGUCGCCCCCGUUCCCCUUCGAGGCUGGGGCACCCAUCGAUCAUGCGAGCGGGCGGGUCGGGACGAUAGACCCCCAUCUGCGCUCGGCGAACAAUCUUGCGUAUACUAGAACGCUGGAGCUUCUGCGCAGGGAACUCGGCCCUCAUUUCCCGUUGGAAGAGCUUUGGGAGAAGCACACCUACUAUGAAUUCGUGGAGCGGGACGCACCGAAAACGAUGCAGACCAUGGUGUCCACCCCUUACGUCAACCACGUCCCCACCAUGACGGGGGGCGUGGGCUACCAGGACUUAGCGCGAUUCUAUAAGUACCACUUCACGAAAGAGAAUGUCACGCCUCCCGAUACGGAGUUGAUCACCGUCUCUCGAACUGUGGGCGCCGAUAGGAUCAUAGAUGAAAUGAUCUUCAAGUGCACUCACUCCACCGAAAUCGACUACUUCCUACCGGGGAUCAAACCCACAGGGAAGUCCUUGGAGAUUGCAUUGGUUGGGGUUGUCGCAUUCAGAGGCGACAAGCUCACGUUUGACUAUUGGGAUCAAGCGUCCGUCCUGGUCCAACUUGGCAUUCUGGAUGCCAAAGGUCUACCUGUGGCCGGAGUUGAGGUCGCCCGAAAGGUCGUGGAUCCAUUUGGCCUUCCUAGCAACACACUCCUUGCGAAGUGGAAGGAAAGCGAGGGUUUGUCCAUCGACUGA